GUCCGUAGCCGGAUUUUUCUCGGCUCCGCAGCGCAGGAAGCGCCGCGCGGGGCUGCUGCAGAGGACCGGCUCCAAAUGUCCCCCAAAAGAUGAGAUUUUAGCCAUUCCUGGUUAGAAUCUACGAAGGAAGCUUGAGAUGUCGGAAGGCCCCUCCAGGAUCACAGGUCCCAUUCCUCCAGAUCCUACCCUGUGUCCGGAUUACUACAGACGCCCACUAUCAGCACGAGGAAGGUUAGAAGGGAACUCCCUGAAAUUGGAUCUGCUCCCUGGCCCCAUCCCGCCAGAGUUCAGCCUCUAUCCUGGGUGCUACAGUGCUCGCUGCCCGCAGCCUCCUCCACGGAUUAAGCCCAACGCCAAGGACAUCUUGGAGAAGGGACAAAAUGGCACCGUAGGAGUUCUCCUGAAGCUAGAUGAGAUCUCCUUUGAGGAACUGAGGCCCAAACGCAGGGAUCACAAAGACCACGAGAAGGAGAAUCUGAGGCGCAUGAGAGAAAUCCAGCGGAAGUGCCGAGAGAAAGAACAAGCCAGGCAGCUGAGCCAACCCAAACCCGUGAAAGCCCUGUGGAAGUCCCAGAAGUAUGAAAACGUGGAAUCCAAAGUCAAGGCAAAGUUGCAGGAGAGUCCCAGCCCACCACAUCCAGAGGCUCAGAAGUUCCUGAGAGCCUAUUCUCGCUGCGGCACAGGAAUUCAUCCACGCCGAUCUCCAUCCCCGAACCCUCCCCAGUUGUGUGAAAUGGAUCCAGGAGCUGCCCCGGCUCAGAAUGGGAACGGCAAGGUCCCAGAGAACAACAGUAAAGUGGAUUUCGUCAGCCACAACGCCCAAAACGCGAAACGCGCCUCGAUGCAACGCUCCCGCUCCCUGCAGUCAAUCCACAAAGUCCUGGAGCAGAAGCAGAAGGAUCUGGAAGAGUACAACACCAAGCAGAAAGGCCACGUGCCCCACUAUGGAGGCCAAGAGAACUUCUUAAAGGAGCUCCUGUUGCUUCCCGUGAGAGUCGAUACCCUGAGUGUUCACACCCGGCGUGUUUCUUUAGAGAAGAAGCUGUCACAGAUCGAAGAGGCCCUCAAAAUCUUCUCCCGACCCAAAGUCUUCAUCAAGUUGGACUCCUAAGCACAGAGGCCAUCUUGCCUUUGGCCUCUCCAGGGUUAUGCCCUCAGAUCACAGGUGGCUUUGCUUCCUCACAUGGUGGUCCCCGCAAUGUAGGGUUGGUCUUGUUGCGUUGUCCAUUGUUCUUGCUCUAAGGCCCGAUUCUUCUCAGCAUGGGGAAGCACAUCCAUGUGUCUAGGUCAGGCACGGGAAACGAGGGCAAGCAGUAAGGGUCAAGACCUGGGAUGAUGGAACCCAAGAGCUUCUGAUGGGCCAAGAGAGCCGUUUCCAAAAUAAAUCUUCUCAAGAAGAUCUCCUCCUUCAAGCAGAGGGAAAGUUGUAUUGUUAUUCUUUUUUAAAACUACAUAUUCUCAGCGAGUUUAGAGGAGUAUGUGCAUUUUUAACUGAAACGAUUGGACUGUUUUAAACAAAUAAAGCAUGUUUUGCAAGCAAGCUUGUAAGUUGAAAGUUGUGAGGGCCUUCCUAAGCAAUUCUGAACGAUUCUUCAAC